AUGGCUUUACCAUCCUUGGGUCGGAGUCUCUUUCUCCUUCCUGCUCUCCUUGCCGCUGUCAAUGGAGCACCAACUAAAAGGAGUACCAACCCACCAUUGAGAGGAUCUGAGGCUUUAGUCGGCUAUUCCUCUACUGAGAAGGUCCCCAGCGGGACUCAGCCGGAUAUAAAGUAUAGCCUUGUUCCAGGUCAAACAGACAGCGCGGAUCUCGGUCAAUACUUGGACUUUGAAAAUGCUGAUAAUCCUCAGCCUAUCCGAGGAGCAACUGGUAGUGAUGAUCCUGGUCCACGUAACUACUGGUACGAUAGAAUCAACAGUGAUAAGCUGGCGCCACCUGGGACAGACAACGGUCUAACUAUCAAUGCGCAAUGGCCAAUGGGUCUCAGUCACAAUCGACUAGGUAUUGAUAAUGCUGGAUGGGCUCGUCAGGAGAACGUCGAAGUCAUGCCCGCUGCGACUGAAAUGGCUGGAGUUGAUAUGCGACUUGAGCCUGGUGCCUAUCGGGAGCUGCAUUGGCACGUUGCUGCAGAGUGGUCUCUAGUGCUAAAUGGAUCAUGUCGAAUUCAGGCCGUCAAUGAGAAUGGAGAGACAUUCGUUGAUGAUCUCACUGCAGGUGAUGUCUGGUUUUUCCCGCCAGGUAUCCCCCAUUCAAUCCAGGCGUUGGACGAUGGUGUCGAAUUUCUUCUGGUCUUUGAUCAGGGAACCUUCGAUGAGGACAACACAUUCCUUGCUACAGAGGUCUUCCUGCACACCCCGCUUUCUGUUCUUGCCAAGGAUCUUGGUGUUCCCGUCUCGGCAUUCGAUAAUAUCCCGGAUGAUGAGCUGUAUAUCUUCCAAGGAACCCCUGCACCAGAGGACAUUGAGGAGCAAAACGUUACUACCGCAUCUGGUGUUGUUCCACGCACCCAGAGCUACUCCUAUCACUUCUCUGAACAGCCAGCUCAUGAGGUUGCUGGAGGAUCAGUUAAAAUCGUGGACCCGCUCACUUUCCCCAUUGCUGAGAAUUUCUCGGCGGCUAUUGUUACUGUACACCCUGGUGGAAUGCGUGAGAUUCACUGGCACCCUACUAGUGAUGAGUGGACAUUCUUUAUUGAAGGACAGGGUCGAGCCACACUCUUCACUGCGGCUGAUUCUGCAACCACUUUUGAUUACCGGGCUGGUGAUGUCGCUUACUUCCCUCAGUCUAACAGUCAUUACAUCGAGAAUACUGGCGAUUCUGAUUUGGUCUUUGUGGAGGUACUCCAAGCCACAGAAUUCACAGAUAUGGCCCUUGGACAAUGGCUUGCUUCUACUCCCAGACAAAUUGUCAAGGAUACUUUGAACUUGAGCAAAGAGACACUCGCUUCGCUCAAUACCACCAAGCAGUAUGUUGUCGCCGGCAACACUUGA